AUGAAGAUUGAAGUCCCAUAUGAAAAGUUGUCAGACAACGGGCAAAGGCGCUUCGACUCGGACGAUAAAGCUCAGAAGAUCUCCUGUUGUCUUGUGGUAGCGGCUUCCAUUGCCUCGUUUCUGCUUGCUGCAACAGCACUCUACAACUUGCUGGGGUCCGCAACUCCUAACGACAGUGGAGACUUACGACUAGCCUUGAAGGAGUCCUGUUUAGACCCUUGCGAAAUCUCCCUAGUUGAAAGCAUCCCCGAGGGCUUGCAGUUCAACUCCAGCGACCCGUCUCACGGUUCUAUCUACAACGCGUGGCUGCAACUGCUGGUCCAGGCCCGCAGUAGCAUUGACAUCGCCUCCUUCUACUGGACACUCACCAACCAAGACACAAGCACUCACGAGCCCACGGCAGAUCAGGGCGAGAACAUUCUGAAGAACCUAGCUGAGCUGUCGGGUUCCUUAUCGGUCCGCAUUGCUGUUAGCGCGCCGCAGCAUGGGAGUCAGCCGAAUGAAGACCUCAAACGGUUAAAUGCUUCAGGAGCUGCCAUACAGAUGGUUGAUAUGAAGGAUUUGACCUCAGGGGUCCUGCACACAAAAUUUUGGAUCGUGGACAAGAAACAUAUUUACAUAGGAAGCGCCAACAUGGACUGGAGAUCCCUCACACAGGUGAAGGAGUUAGGGGUAGUUGUGUACAACUGCAGCUGCUUGGCAGCAGAUCUGGGUAAGAUCUUCGAGGCCUACUGGUUUUUGGGAGAGAGCCAGUCUAUCCCGGCGCCUUGGCCUUCCAACUUCUCUACCGACUACAACAAGGAAACGCCGCUACAGCUGAUGCUCAACAAUACGCCGUCCAGCGUCUACUUGACGAGUUCUCCUCCAUCUUUCUGCGCCGCUGGCAGAACGUCGGACCUGGAUUCCAUCCUGAGUGUGAUGGAGGACGCCCAGAGUUUCAUCUACAUUGCCGUCAUGAACUACUUGCCCACCUUGGAGUUUUCGAAUUCCAAAAAGUACUGGGGAGAAAUCGACACCCAGCUACGUCGCGUAGCCUACGAGAAACGAGUGAAGGUGCGCUUGUUGAUCAGCUGCUGGUCCAACACGUCGCCAGCCAUGUUCCCCUUCCUCAAAUCGCUCGAUGCGCUCUACGAGCCAAAGAGCAAGCUGGACAUCCAGGUGCGACUCUUCGUGGUUCCGGCCAACGCCGAGCAGAAGAAGAUCCCCUUCGCCAGGGUCAACCACAACAAGUACAUGGUGACUGACCAGGUUGCCUACAUUGGUACAUCCAACUGGUCCGGAGACUACUUUGUGAACACGGCUGGCUCUGCCCUGGUGGUCAACCAGACGGCAUCCUCGUCCCUGCAGCCCAGCGUCCAAUCACAGCUGAGGGAUGUAUUUGAGAGAGAUUGGAACUCCAUCUACAGCUCCCCUCUCAUGCAGCACAGCGUUAUCAAAGACAUGUGUUAG